AUGCGAAAGCGCCCGAACGCCUGCAACAUCGCAGUCGCUGCCAUUGGCAAGCACGACCGAGUUCAACUUACUCCAAAAUCGUCGGUCGGCAAGAACAAAAAGUCCAGUGUAUCCAUCCCCGCUUUCCUCUUCAUCCUGCUGGUUGGCGUUCUGUUGAUACAGAACUCGAACGUUGACAAUCAAUUAUCAGAGGAGGAAAAGAUUUCUACGUUCUUAAACUGGUUUCGGACGGCUGGUGGCAACGUCAGCAGCAACAUCGCAAUUAAGAUGUUUCCGGAAAUGGGCAAAGGUAUUGUGGCGUUGCAAUCUGUGAAGGAGAACGAUGAGCUACUGUUCGUACCGACGAGUAUCAUUAUUUGUUACGAUACGGUUGCCACAGAGUGGAGCUCACAUCCGAAGUUAAAGAAAAAUUUAGUGAAAUUAGAGAAUGAUCAAGAAGAGCUGUUGACGGCGUUUUUGGUGUGGGAGCAGGCAAAGGGACAAGCGUCUCCAUGGGCUCCGUAUUUGCAAUUGUUACCAUCAUUCUCUUCGCGAAAUGAAAUCGCAACACCGCUCUAUUUUGACAGUGAGGAAGAUAUUGAUUCCUUGCAAGAUGAACGCAUGAUUAACGCCGCAAGAAUUGAGAGACAGCGAGUAAAGGAAGCGCAUGGUCGAUUGAAGCGCCUCUUUCGCUCGUUUUUGAGCGAUGAAGUCAUGGAUUUAUCACGAUAUAUCUGGGCUCGUUUCUUGGUCAACUCUAGAGCAUUUUCGAUCCGAGGACAGCGUUUUCUGGUACCAUUCGGAGAUAUUUUCAAUGGAAAACCCGAUGAUGACACUCGCCAACAAGACAACGGACAGCGUUUUCUUCUUUUCCAUGAUCUUCAGCCCCAAGGCAUGACUAUCCGAGCUGAUCGCGACACGUCGAGUGGAGAGCAGCUCUUUGAAGACUACGGGGACAACAGCAACUACGUUUAUUUCCUACACCAUGGCUUCCUCAUGAGUGAUAAAGGAUUCGACUGUGCAGCUUUUCGACUUCCAAGGCUCUCAGAAGCUUAUCAGGGUGGAGAAAUUAAGGAACAAACUGAAAUUUUAGCGUCCAAAUUGCGCGUUUUGUCGCGUAUAAGAGUCGAUGACGCCCCUCAGGUGUGUAUUUCUCGUACUGGAAAGCUCGAAGAUUCUGAUUUGGUGCGCAUUUACACAGCUCUAUACAACAUGGAUGCUGAACAAGCCGCAGCUUGCAACAAUGCUGCAGCGUUUAAUGAGUGUUUUCCACCUGAUAUCACGCCAGAUUUUGAUACUGAAGCUGGAUAUCACGAAUUAUUAUUGCUGCUAAAUUCUAUCACACAACAACUGGAGUAUUACCCUACUACUCUUGAGGAGGAUCAAACAAUACUCGACGAGCUUAAAGAUGUCGCGAAAUCCGGCAUCCAACACGCUGUAGCUUUCCGGUUGAGUCGAAAGCGGAUUUUACGUGAUGCCAAGAAAAAUCUGAAAAAACAGUUGAAAAGUAUCGAUGAGGAAGCCAAAAAUGACGUCAAAGAAGAUCUACUGCUCUCCACAACGGUGCUUGAAGACAAUGAGGUUGGCAACAAGCUGCAGAGAUUUCAGCAAUGGAUCGCUCGUCAUAACUUCCCGGUGAAUCAUUUGGAGUUGCGAUACGUUAACGAAGCCGUAGGAUACGGCACUUUUGCACUCAAGUCUAUUACUACAAGAGAAGUGUACUUAAAGGUACCCGUAAAAGUCGUCAUGAAUGUACGAUCAGCCGUGAAGUCACGUUGGGUGAGCCAAACUAUGCAGGAACUUCGGAAACGUGCCAGUGUCCCACAAGAAGAAAUGGUACUGCUACUUCAUCUCUUAGAGGAGAAAUUCGGUCCAAACCAUCUUCAGUCUCGCUGGAAACCAUAUCUAGACAUGUUACCAGAUCUAGAUGACCAUAACAGUGUAUUAGGCUCUCCACUCUUCUAUGAGGAAGAAGGACAACAACUCAAGGCACUCGAAGGCACCGACCUGUUAACUCUCGUUUCCAACUACCGCAGGCGUGUAGCUCAGUCCUAUGCUGUUCUCUUGGAUCACUUUAAGCGAUCAAAUCAUGAAGAAACGUUACUGUGGCUCACUGAAAGACGCUUCCGCUGGGCCAACGCCAUGCUUGACUCUCGCAGUAUUUGGUGGAACAGUCAGCGACAUCUCGUGCCACUUCUUGACAUGGUGAACUGUCAAGAACUCAACUCAAAGCACAAACCGCACCACACCAGCCUCGAUUCAUCCGGUCGCCACGCGGUCACCAAGGCAUCGUGGGAUUUUCAAGCUGGUCAAGAAGUUGUUGAAAAUUACGCUCAGCCCAACUACAUCUACCUACUCUACCACGGCUUCGUAUUGGACUUGAACAGCCACGACUGCGCUCAUUUCCAUCUCGAGAUACCAAAUGCAGCACGGCAGCGUGAGUUUUCGGGCUUGUUUCAGGGUCUUGGCAUUUACUCGUGGACUCCAGACGUAUGUGUGUCACCCACAGACAACCACAGUAUCAUGAGAUUCUCGAAAAUUGCGCUUUUGGUUGCGAAUCCCACAAAAGCGUUGCAACUUACUGGAAAGGCUGCAAAUUCGGAUGCAAAUGCGGCCAUCGCAUCGGCUUUAAAGCUUGUGGAGGAACGUAUGAAUCGCUUCGAAUCUACUGAGGAGACUUUGGUAAGUACAGAUUUUAGAACCCAAUCGAUUCUAAAAUUCCGACAGCAACAACAGCAACACUUGGCAAUUCUUGGCAACAAACUUCAGGCAAGAUAAAACGGAAAAGAAAUGAAAAAAAAAAAAGUUGCAAAAGAUUGUAAAAGUCGAAAAACUCCCAUCUUUCGAUUGCAAUUAACCUUCGAGUUGCAACUCACUACUGGCAAACGGCAAGCAAAGCUGCAAAACUGCAAAACUGCGAGAAAGUGCGUUAACCAGCUCUGAAGCUGCUGGCAAGAGCUGACGCUGCUUAACCACGGAAGGUGCAGGGGCGCGAAGCCUUGAAGACCGUGUUGUGGUGCUUCUCGGCGGCACGCGGCAGGCGGUGCGACAGAGGGAACGAGAUCUUGGAGUCGUGGAACUGCUGCACGUUCGUCUUUUGCGUGUCCUUGGCGGCCACGAUGGCAGUGCGCAUGAUCUGGAUCGAGCGCGGGCGGGCACGGUGACGGCCGGCAAGCUCAGCGUACAUCUGCUCCACGGCCUUGCACAGAGUCACGUCACGGUACUCCUUGUACAUGUUGUGGGUGCCGCUGCGCGAGUUGUAGCGGAUCCAGAUGCCGUAGUUGUUGACGACGCGGCGGUUCUUCUCCGUCAGCUGAAGAAUGGUUAAACAUAACAACAUAGAGGUCAGAAUGUAUGACUUUCGACAGGA